AUGCGCACUCAAGAUGCCGAGCAGUACGGUUUCAACGGGGUUUCACAAGAAGCAUCUAUCUUCAUGAACCAGCCUCUCGACGCACCAGCUCUCAACAUCACGACCUCGUAUUUUUACGACCCGAGCUUGUAUGGUUCAGCUACAGAUUUCGCGAAGGAGGAUCAGAAGAAAAUACUUUGGAUGUGGGCGAACGAGACAUACGACUACGACUACCUAUCUCAGAAAGGAAUGUGUCAGUCAAGUGGGAGGAUUUACCAAUGGGGCUUCUCGUCGAUCCAGCUCUUUUGCAUGGAUAUUAUGCUCCUAGUCUGGACAAUCGGCAUUGUCACAAUGUGGUGGCGCGCUCAAAGUACCAUGCUCAAGCGGGGCCGAGACUCUGUUGCAGGCACGCACAAAGCUGUGCUUGAGCUCGCGGCAGCAAUGUCAAGAGAGCUCGACGUGGACGUUAUCGACCACAAGACUGUCUCCGAAGAGCAGGUGCAAGAGCGUAUCGCCGAAAGAUGCAACUGCCCGAUACAUCGCUUCGGCGAUGGCUGGUGGAGAAUACGUGGUGGUAUCUGGUGA